AUGGCAUCAAGAGCGAACCCGAUAGAGAACAUCAAGUUCAUCGACACGCUAUGUCGCCUUGGUGUCUCCUACCAUUUUGAGAAAGAUAUCACAGAGCAACUGGAGAAGUUGUUUGAUUGUCUUCAAUUUAAUCAGAAGAUAAGACAAGAGAGAAAUGGUUUGUACACGGUUGGAAUAGUUUUCCAAGUUUUCAGGCAAUUCGGGUUCAAACUUUCUCCUGAUGUGUUUAACAAGUUCAAAGACGAGAAUGGGAAGUUCAAAGCACACUUAGCGGCAGAUGCUAGGGGCAUGUUAAGCUUAUGUGAAGCUGCACAAUGGAGCACUCCUGGAGAAGACACUCUUGACGAAGCUCUCGCUUUCUCAAUCUCUCAUCUAGAAGAAAUGUCUUCUCGGUCUAGCCCUCAUCUCGCAAUACGCAUCAAGAACGCCCUAAAACAUCCAUUUCACAAAGGCAUCUCCAGGAUAGAGACGAGACAAUAUAUCUCAUACUACGAGGCAGAAGAGAAGUGUGACGCAACAUUACUUGAAUAUGCCAAGAUUGACUUUAGUUUGCUACAAAUUCUGCACCGCCAAGAGCUUGCUUGCGUAACAAGGUGGCACAAAGAAAUGGAAUUUGAAUCUAAAAUAACAUACACAAAACAUAGAGUAGCCGAGGCGUACUUGUGGGCACUUGGAACAUACUUCGGGCCUGAAUAUUCUCAAGCACGAGUUACAUUAGCCAGUGUAGUCAUCUUACUCACAGCACUUGAUGAUACGUAUGAUGCGUAUGGCACAAGAGAGGAACUUGAGCUUUUCACAUAUGCAUUGGAAAAGUGGUUUCCCGAAGCCCCUAACGGGAUACCUGACAGCAUGAAACAUCUGUACCGUGUCACAAUAGAUUUCUAUGAUAAACUCGAGGAGGAGCUUGAGAAGCAAGGAAGAUCAGGUUGUGGCUCCCAUCUUAAGAAAUCAUUGAAAUCAACAACCAAUGGAUACAUGCAAGAGGCGAAGUGGUUGAGAAAGGAUUACACUGCCAAAUUUGACGAGUACAAAGAGAAUGCUAUUUUUUCUUCCGCUUACUAUACCAUGAUGGCCAUGACAUUUGCGGGAAUGGGGGAUGUUGCGAAACUUGAUGCUUUUGAAUGGUUAAGCUCACAUCCUAAAAUAAGGGUAGCUUCUGAGAUAGUAUGUCGAUUUACAAAUGACAUUACUAGCUACGAGUUUGAACACAAAAGGGGGCAUGUAGCGACAGGCAUUGAUUGUUAUAUGAAGCAAUUUUUUGUUUCGAAGGAACGAGCCGUUCAAGAAAUAGUCAACAUUGUUUCAAAUGCUUGGAAGGACUUAAACCAAGAGCUAAUGAGGCCUCACUCAUUUAGUUUCCCUUUGUUGAUCAGAAUUCUAAGCCUUUCGCGUGUCAUCGAUGUUUUCUAUAGGUAUGCAGAUGCUUACACCAACCCCGAGUUCUUGAAAGAGUACAUCGUCUCUUUGCUCAUUGAAAAUAUCCCCAAUUGA